AUGGAAGAGACCACUAUCCUUGUUCAUGAUUUUCUGCAGGGAAUCAAACCACAGGAAGGAAAGAAAAUAAGAGAGAAUCUGUAUCCAUACUUCAAUGCAGAGGACAAGAAAUUUGUGAGAAAAUACGAACUUUUGGAUUUUGUUAAAUAUGGCGGCGGAUUAGGAGUCAAGGAGGAAUUGGUAGAAUUCGAAAAAGACCCAUUCAUUACAAAUAUUUCGCCAUUAGUAAUGGAUAGCUCAAAAGUCAAUCUCUUUUAUCUGGACGAAGGGAAUUCCGUCUUCUCAGCUAGUCUUCCUGUUGCAUGAAGAGAGUUAUAUGAAAAUAUAAAAGGUUGUUGUUUAAACUAUUCACAAGAUGUUACUGGAGUUUUGCUGUCAGAUGCGAUUCGAUACAGUAUAUAAACCAAAGGAUGCAUUCUGAAUACAAGAUUAGAGGAAAAAGCAAGUGGUUUCGGGAAAAAAGAUAUAAAAGGGACAUAUCUCCGCAUAACUCUUGGCCAACGUUCGGGAAAAUCCCCUGGAGUACCAUACGUUUUAGAAAUAUGACCUAAAGGCCAUUACAGUCCAGUUCAUAAUCAUGGAAACGCAAAUGCAAUCAUUAAAGUUCUUUUUGGAACAAUUCAUUUCAUGAUUUACAAUAAACACGUAUGUGCUACAGAUUCUAAGCCCCUGAAAGAGUUUGAUGCAAUGAAAGGUGAUAUCACGUGGGUCGACAGUAACUGGUACCAGACACAUCAACUGGUAAACAACAGCAACGAUUUUUGCGCAACUAUUCAAUGUUAUAACUACGACCCGGACGACAAAACGCAUUGGCCGUACUUUGAUUACAUCAGCAACAACGAACACAUGGCGGAAUUCAUGCCUGAUUCAGACUUUGGAUUUCGUGAAAUGCAUGAAAACAUUGUGAUGGAAUACAAUGUUCAAUUCGAAUCAUUUGUCCGUAAUAGUUUUGCGAAAAAUGAACAUUUGGUGUCGGUCUUUUUCGACCUUGAAAAGGCCUAUGAUACUGCAUGGAAGUAUGGUAUUUUUAAAGAUCUAUUUGAUAUGGAGUUGAAAGGCAAUAUGCCAAAUUUUAUUUUCGAAUUUUCUGUCAAACAGACCAUUUAA